ACCAUGGCAAAUGUGUGGGAUCCAGAAAAGAACAUUCCUUCACUACAGGGAAAAAUUUCUGUCGUCACUGGCGCAAAUAGCGAUAUUGGGCGUGAGACAGCCAGAUAUCUUGCAAUAAAUGGCGCCAAAGUGUAUCUGGCGGUGCGAUCCGAGGCCAAAGGUGUGCAGACACGAAGGCUCAUUCUAGACAAGAGCCCCAAGAUCGAGCCGCAAACUAUUCAAUGGGUCAAGAUAGACCUUACGGAUAUGCGCAGCAUCACGGCCGCGGUCGAUUGGUUGAAGACUCAGGAGAAUAAAGUUGACAUAUUGAGUAUGAGCCCUUACUCGCCUCCGCCUCUGCAAUUGCUGCUGACACUAGGGAGUCCACAAUGCAGCAGCAGCAACAUGGUCAAACGAACCAGUUGGCGCGGGAUGGGAGCCUCACAUGGCUGUGAAGUAAGUUCAGCGAGUGGAAUACGAAAUUCUCUUCUGACUAGCAACAACAGUUUCAUCGGCCCGUUUGCGCUCACAAACCGCCUUCUCCCAUUACUCCAGAGUGCCGCGGCGGAGAAAGACGCCGACGUCCGCAUCGUCACACUGACCUCCACCGCACAAGUUGCGAUGCUACCCAGUGGCUUCAAGUUCCCCUUUACCUCGCCCGACUGCCUCCGCAACCCAGUCCCGUCGCACCCCUGGCAAUGGCGCUAUUUCGGCAAGUUCGCCUUUGGCUUCGACAUGAUCCGCUACGCAGUCUCCAAAGCGGCCAACCUCAUUUUCGCGCAAGGGUUGCAGAGACGGCUGGACGAGCAGGGCUUGCCCAUCAUAUCUGUUGCGGUGCACCCGGGAGAGGUCGCCACGGAGGGGGUGUUUUCGAUCAAUAACGCCAUGGCCAGGACCAUUGCGCGCUUGACGUUUCUCUCUCCCGAGCAAGGUGCCGCAAACACCGUGUUUGCGGCAGCUUCGAGAGACGUAAAGGAGAAUCUGGCCGUGUUCAAAGGGCGGUUUUUGUUGCCGGUGGGAAACAUUGGUGUUCCUGCUUCGGUGGCGUCAGAUGAAGAGCAGGUGAAGGGGCUCUGGAACACCGCCACGGAGGAAAUCAACAAAAGACUAGCGGAUGAGGGUCUGCCGCCUUUGCAAGCCUGGUAA